CCUGAUGAUUUUAGUUUAGAUGGGUUAGAAUCGGAUGGUAAUGAAGAUAAUGAAUAUCCACUUCAGUCUUCCACAUUAUCACAAACUGGCAAUCAACCUUUAAUUAAAAAAUGGAAAAAAAUUAAAAGGACAGGUGGUAGUUCUGUUAAAAUAUUUUAUAACACAGCAGUAAUUAAUAAUACAGAAUAUUCAGUUUGUUGUUAUAAAAUUUGUAUUCAACAGAUAAAAUAUGUAAAAGAUGGAUCUACUUUGAAUUUAUGGCGGCAUUUAAGAAAUAAACAUCAUAUUUCACGAGCUAUAGUAGAAGAUGGUCGUAUUAAAGUUGUAAAGAAUAAUAAUAAGUAUGAAUUUGUUGUAAUGCCAGAAUCCUCUCAGUCAGCAAUAACACAAACACUUAACAAAAUCAAAAAAUAUUCAUCUAAUAACCUCAAACAAAAAAAUCUUGACAAUAAUAUCGUUGCUUUUAUUGUUGAGGAACUUCAACCAUUUUUAAUUAUUUACUCACGGGCAUUUAAAAGAAUAAUUGAAGAACUUGAUAUCCAAGCCAAUAUACUUAAUAAUGACUGUUUAAAAGACAUUCUUAUAAAUUCUGAGGAUAAGGUUUUACGGAACCUUCGUGAAUAUGUGAAUGAUAGCGCCGAGAUUA